AUGGGAGGAUCAGAAGGAAUAAUAGAAUCCAUGCAGAUCCUCAAGGAAGGAAAGGCUUCUGCAAAUGAAGCAGUUGAUUGUAAAUGGUAUAUUCGAGCUCCACCAAAGUCUAAGAUAUACUUAAGAUUUUUGGACUAUGAAAUGCAAAAUUCAAACGAAUGUAAGAGGAACUUUGUAGCUGUAUAUGAUGGGAGCAGUUCAGUAGAAGAUUUGAAAGCUAAAUUCUGCAGCACAGUUGCUAACGAUGUGAUGCUGCGUACAGGUCUUGGAGUUAUCCGCAUGUGGGCAGACGAAGGCAGUCGUACCAGUCGUUUCCAGAUGCUCUUCACAUCUUUCCAAGAACCCCCAUGUGAAGCAAAUUCAUUUUUUUGUCAUAGUAAUAUGUGCAUUAAUAAUACAUUGGUCUGCAAUGGAGUUCAGAAUUGUGUGUACCCUUGGGAUGAAAACCACUGCAAAGAAAAACGAAAGUCAAGCCUUUUGGAUCAGCUUACCAAUACUAGUGGGACAGUUAUUGGAGUCUCCUCUUGCAUUGUCAUCAUCCUCAUUAUAAUAUCUGUCAUUGUACAGAUCAAGCAACCUCGUAAGAAGUACAUCCAAAGGAAAUCAGAGUUUGACCAAACAGUAUUCCAGGAGGUGUUUGAACCUCCUCAUUAUGAGUUAUGUACUCUUAGAGGUACAGGAGCUACAGCAGACAUUUCUGAUGUCACAGAAGAUUUUGAGAAUUAUCAUAAAUUACGGAGAUCAUCUUCAAAAUGCAUUCACGACCAUCACUGUGGAUCACUGUCUAGUGCUAAGGGAAGUCGUAGUAACCUUAGCACAAGGGAGCCUACUAUACUAACAGACACUCCAAACCCACCCACUAAUCCCAGUUUACAACCAAUGAACAGAAGAAACAUCCUUGUAAUGAAGCAUAGUUAUUCACAGGAUGCAGCAGAAACAUGUGACAUUGAUGAAAUUGAGGAAGUCCCCACCACAAGCCACAGGCUGUCGAGACAUGACAAAUCUGUCCAGCGGUUCUGCCUCAUUGGGUCUCUAAACAAACAUGAAACUGAAUACAACACAACUAGGGUAUGA